CCUAUCAAAUUCCUUGUUGCAAGCGCAAAAUAAGCAUGGAGGUUGUGUUCAUCGAGAAAUGAUAAUUUUAACACAUUUAAUCGCUUUUUUUGUCAGAUACGCCAUGGAGAAAUUUUUAGGAAAAACCUAGAGGUCGAGGUAAAGGUAGAGGAAGAGGAAUAAGUUCCAUUAAAAAUCUCCAAGAACUAAGUGCUAGAGUUGUUGUAACAAAACCUGGGGUGUGCCCACAGCAGACAUUGGACAAAGAACAUCCUGAAGCUUUAGCACAGCAAGGGAUAUGUGGAAAAUUGGAAGAUACAACUGUAAGCCGGCAAGCACAACCCCAGCAGUAUAGAAAUUCAGGUAACUUGAAUAGGGAACUACUGAAGAAGGGCAACCCUAAUGUCAAUGUUGGAUGGAUGGAAUCAGUGUUGCAGAAGAAGAUUGGCAAUUCAGAUAUGGCAUCAGAGGAACAAAAGUCUUUAGACAAAAGCGUUCUUGUAGAGCUGGAAAAGCUUUGGACGGAGACAAAAGACAGAGAUAAACUUAAAAGCUCAAUCAGCCAAAUUUGUCAGAGAACUUUUAGCACCUCAGAAAACCCCUACCUGACUGUUAUCUUUUUAGUGGAAAAUUGUGAAGAUUUACGUGCAGGCAAAACUGUCUCUCUCUCUUUUACGGUGAUGAGAGAGUUUGAAAAAUGGGCAAAAGACAAUGGCAGCCAGUUUGAGCACUUGUUAAACAAUGGUUUAAAACUAAAAGCAUUCAGGCUUGUAACAACUUUUCACAUGCUUCUGUUUGAUCCUGUUGUGAAGUCUUUUUGCCUAAGACAUUCUGGGAAUGACUAUUUUGUGCCAUAUGUGAAGGCCUUCAUUUCUCAGGGAAAGGAUAAAGAGGCUGCCACUGUUGCUUCUAAACUAAACCUGCAGAGCCAUUUUGGAAUAGAGGAGAUUAUUGUUCCUCUCCUUCUACAAGACAAGGUGAAUAUAAUAGAAAAUUAUGUAUUUCGAGACAAGCAGCAGCAGGAAAAUGUGGUAGCCUUACUAGACAGGAUGUGUGAUCGCAGUUUUGAUUUGGAAGACCUACUAAGCAAGUCUGGAAUUUCAAGAUCGAAGAUAAAACGGGACAAACUGCAUCCUAAAGUUCUAAGCAAGUUGGCCAUCAGGUUAAUGAAGCUGUACCAGAUUCCUCCAGAGUUGUGUCCAAACAUUUGUAAUGCUAGAAGCCUUGGUGGAUUGAAGUUUCUCAUGUACAAACGGUAUAUUGAGCAAUCUUUGACUGGAGAAAUUUGGAAUGAACUGGUUGAAGGAGCUGUGACCACUGACUUUCUAAAGGAACAAUUAAUUGAUCUUUUAAUUGGUUACAAUGAGGUGGCAGAGGCAGUAAAGUGGGCAAGAUAUUACAACAUUGACUAUGAAAAACUGCCUGAGCAUUUACGGGAUACUAUGGCUGAUGCAGAAUACUCCAGCCCUGAAGCAGAGAGUGCAGAUUGGGACAGUGAAUGUUACAGUGAGAAGGAAGUCGAGGAUGCUGCGUACUACUCCCUCGACUUCCCAGAGGAGAACAUCAUAUUUGUUGAUAACAGGAGAGAUUUUUUACAACACAUCAGAGAAAUAUCACAGCCUGGAAACAUCAUCGGCAUGGAUGCAGAGUGGAGACCGUCAUUUGGAGCGUCCACGCCACAACGCAUGGCCUUAUUCCAGCUGGCCACUCAGAAUGUCAUCAUUCUCCUGGACAUGUUAGCAUUGACGGAAAGACUGACUGCUGAGGAUUGGAAGCAGUUUGCCGUCACUGUGUUUGCUAGUGACCACGUGUUAAAACUCGGCUAUGGCUUUGGCUCAGACCUUCAGAUGUUAGUUAAAAAGAUCCCCUCCAUGCAGGAGCCUCUGCUGGGUACCAAGAGAAUGGUGGACUUGCAGACUCUUCAUGCUAGAAUAGAAAAAUCAAUGCCAAAGGAACGGGUUCCCGACUUCAGUGGCAUGGAAGAGAAUGAUAGUGAUGAUGACAAGGUUGUAGAAGAUUCUGGAAGUGCAAGUGCUGCUCCCUGCAGUGAGAAGUCAUAUACAGUUAUAAAGACUUUCAAGACAGAAGAGCGCGGCCUGAGUGACCUGGUCAGACAGUGCCUUGGUAAGCCACUGAACAAGUCACAGCAGAUGUCAGACUGGGAGAGGCGACCCCUCAGACCUGCUCAGAUCACUUACGCUGCCUUGGAUGCGUAUGUGCUGUUGGAAGUGUAUCAGGUCUUGACAUCUAAGAUCACUGCCUAUGGACUGAAAGUGAAUCCUGAACCAAACAUUCCUAUUGGUAAUGUUAAGGGAAGCAAAAAGUCUCGACAGCAAAGAAAGCAAGAUCAUGUCAGAGAAAAACAGAAAGAGUUAGCUCCACAAACUGCAGAGCAUCAAGAUCAGACAGCCAGAGAAGGUCAUUCCACUGCCACCCCCAGGCCUGCCAUAACACCAGGUGAGCUCCAGCUGGUUGUAGAUAAUAUGUUAGGUGGCUUAGGGAGACAGCUCCGCUGUUGUGGAGUUGAUGUGGUUAUGUUAAAGGAUCAUGAAGACCACAGUGAAGCCAUUGAGAUUUCCAGAAAACAAAAUAGAAUCAUUCUCACAUCAGGAGAACCUUACAAGAUGAUCAGAGGACACGUUGGUGAGGAGAUGUGCUACAACGUUGCAUGUGAUGUAUCAAAAAGGGAACAAGUUGUGGACGUUUUACAGCAUUUUAAUGUGAUAGUCAUGCAGCGAGAUAUAUUCAGCCGUUGUCAGGUGUGUAAUGGAAGCAACUAUAUCAAAAUUCCACAAGCAGCAAUGAAGGCAGCAUGGCUGAGGAAAAAGGUGCUCAGCCAACACAUUCCUUCUCCUGGUUCACCAAACACACUCCGCCUAGAUCCUCAUAUGAGGCACUAUGAGAAAGCACUGGCUUAUCUUGGCAUUGUCCUAUCAGAUGUAACUAUACAGGACACAGGGUGCCCCCUAAUGGUUGAAACUGUACCAGAGGGCAUUUUAAACAGCAUGGAGUACUUUUAUGGAUGUGGAACUUGUGGCAAAGUAUUCUGGGAAGGACCCCAUUUUGAAAGGACAUGUAACCAGUUCAGUCACGUUUUACAAGAUUCUAAAACAAAUGGGCCUAAAACUGUGUAUGAUGCUGUAUGACAGAUUUUAUUUACUCCUAUUUCUUAGUGAUAAUGCCAUGUAUUAAUAUGAUGCCCUCUAUGACUUUCAAAUCUGGACUUACAUAUGGUUUUAGUAUUGAAUUUGAUUUUAAUUCCAUUUUUAUGUACAGACAGUGUUUCAGACCACUGUUUGUUUGUGAAUAUAUUACCUCUGUCGGCUGGUGUUGGCACCUUGCACUUUUACGUGUUAAGGCAAUAAAUGAAUAACUAUGUGUCU